GAAAUGAGUAAAUUAUGCUCAUGAAAUAAGGCGGGAAGCUGGUGUUUAACAUGGCCCUUUUACAUUACAUGGCGACACCAGAGCAUGCAUGAAGUCAUAAGCGUUUUUUCCAGUGUAUAUAAGGAACACGAGUGGUUGGCUGGUAAAAUGCAUCACUACCAAUCCUCUUCACUUCGGCUAUGGUAUCAUUCUCUUUCACAGGUGCUUUGGUGGCUGGACUAGGGUUCUUGACGGCUGUACAAGGUGUUCCUCUCACCAAGCGGUCUGGCACUGCUUGGAACUACUGGACUAUGAAAGCAUGGGGUGCUAAUCUUGGAAACUGGCUUAUUCUCGAGAAAUGGAUGGACUCUACCAUUUUUGACAAAUACGCACCUAAUGCUAAUGACGAGUGGACAUUUGCACAGCAGGCAAGCAACCCGGCCGCAGCGUUGCAGGAACACUGGAACAGCUGGAUCACCGAGAGCGAUUUUCAAAAGCUCGCUAGCGUGAGCGCUAACCAUGUGCGUAUCCCUGUUGGAUACUGGGCAUUUAUCACCCCUGAUUCUGGCGAACCUUAUGUAGCAACCGGACAAAAGGCCCAAAUCGAACGUAUUCUUGGAUAUUGCGCUACAUACAAAAUCAAUGCGAUCAUCGAUUUACAUGGUUUGCCCGGUUCUCAAAAUGGUGAAGCCCACUCUGGCCACAUUGGUUCGAUCAACUUCUAUACCGAUUAUAACGUACAGCGCAGCCUUAAAACUGUUCAAGCCGUGGUGGAUUGGAUGAACGGCUUACCUUCCAAUCUAAGAAGCCAAAUCUCUUCCAUCGAAGCUGCCAAUGAACCUCGCACAUCCAGCGAUGCUCAACUGACAACAUUGAAGAGCUAUUAUUCACAAGCUUAUACCAAGAUCCACGCCUCCGCUUAUCAAGUUCCCAUGAUGUUCCACGACGCUUUCAAAGGCCUAAGUGCUUGGAGUAGCUUUUUACCUCCCCCGGCUAACGCUGUCAUCGACCUCCAUCCCUACUGGGCUUUCCCACCCAACAGCAAUCAAGAUCAAAUUAUUUCUCAAAUCUGUGCAAAGUCGUCGGAUAACAGCUUCCAUCUGCCUGUUCUGGAAGGAGAGUGGUCUUUGGCUUCUGGUGUGGCUUCGUCGGAUGCCUGGCUACGCAAGUUCAUGGAUACUCAAGUCUCUAUUUACCAAAAAGCUGCCGGAGCAACCAUGUGGGCACUCAAGAACAACAUCAACUCUGAUGUAUGGUCAUUUGAGCAACUGAUAUCGGAAGGCAUUAUCAACAACGGUACCUUCUCGAGACACACUAAUGCACAGUGUUAGCGAACCUCCUGAUUUUCAUAAGCGCCACAUCAUAUUUUGAACAAUCGUCUAGCCAUAUAUUGAUGCUUAUAUAUAAUAAAAGAAUACUCCUGGGUAAUCUUGUGUAGAGCUCGUGCUUCGAGUCUACUGCCCCUGAAGGUCCGGACUGCCAUAGGUGGAAAGUGAUAGGCACUGGAAAUUUGCUUGUUUUGCAGGCUCAUGGGUGGGUGCAGUGUAACAAUCACACAGUCAAAGAACAAAGUGGGGGGAAAUCAAGUCCGUUUAGUAUAAAAAUCUAACGCUUUAAAAA